AUGCUCAUGCUCGCCGGUAAUACUCUCUAUCCAUGCUUCCUACGCUUCAUCAUCUGGACCAUGCGAAUGAUGCUGCCUAACACGCCAUCCUGGAACUCGUGGCGCGUCACACUUGGUUUCAUCCUGGAUCACCCAAGAAGGGUAUACACCAAUCUUUUCCCCGCCCGGCAUACAUGGUACCUUCUCGCGACAAUUAUUGUUCUGAACGGAAUUGACUGGGCUGCGUUUGAGCUCUUGUCCAUUGGAAACAAAGAGAUCGAGGCGCUUCCAACUGAGUAUCGAGUACUGGAUGGGUUGUUCCAGGCAUUGGCUGUCCGCGCUGGUGGAUUCUACGUGGUGACUAUUGCCGAUCUACGGCAAGGCCUGCUUGCUCUCUAUGUCCUCAUGAUGUAUGUCUCCGCAUUCCCAGUGCUGGUGACAAUCCGGAACACGAACGUCUACGAAGAGCGUUCACUCGGCAUCUACGCGGACGAUGAAACCCCCGAAGCUCCAGCACACACCAGCCGCAGCAACGUCAUUGUGGAUUUAGUCCGGUACCACCUGGGCCGGCCCAGCCUCUCCGAAUCCUCACGAGGCUACUUCGUCCACCAACAGGUGCGCUCCCAGCUUAGCCACGACAUCUGGUGGAUCGCCCUGGCAGUGCUACUCAUUACAAUCGCCGAGGCCGACCAUUAUAACGCCCAGCCCGUGGCUUUCAGUACGUUCAAUAUCAUCUUCGAGGUCGUCUCUGCGUACGGCUGCGUUGGGGUGAGCGUGGGCUAUCCGGGCAAGAACUCGUCAUUCUGCGGGGCCUGGCACACGAUCAGCAAGUUGAUUCUUGCGGCUGUCGCGUUGCGGGGCCGGCAUCGCGGAUUGCCCGUUGCGAUUGAUAAGGCUAUCAUGUUGCCAAAUGAGUCGUUGGCGUGGGCGGAGGAGGAGGAUGCUGCGUUGCGGAGGGACAGGACGAGGGCUUGUGGUCCGGAGCGGAUGCCCGUUGGGUCAGUUUGA